CCACGUGCCCGUGGCCAGUGCCGGCGCACGGACGCUCCGCGCGGCCCGCUCGUCCGCUGAGCUCCCUCCGACCGACCCCGAGCGGCCACCGAGCGCAGCGACCGGACGGAGCGACAGCAGCACUCCGUCCGAGGCAGCGAACUGGAGGGAACGUCUGCUACAAGACUACGCGCCGCUCAACAUACGGAGGAUCGACAAACGUCUGUGGAGACUGAAGGGAACUCAGUACCAGCAGGACCAGCGGAUAACGACACUGCGGACUGGUCACCUUGGAUCGACAGCAGAAAGUGCAGUGACAGUGACUGAGAACAGUAAACAGUGACCACUAGUGACCCAUCAAAACUAAGCGGUGACUGAGGCACAGUUUCAGUGACGCUCCGUGCUAACCAGUGACACCCAGUGACAAUUAGUGGCGUUCAGUAACUCCAAUCGACUCCCAGUCACCCUCAGUGACUCCCAGCACCCUGCAGUGACUCUGAUUAACUCUCAGUGACUCCCAGCGGCUCCGUCACGAUGCCGAUGAUGCCGGAGCUGGCGCCCCCGACGGGGCCGGAUAUCGGACCCGACGGUCUGCGUAUGACCGACACACGCGGCGUGCGGCCCUUCCAGAGCUCCGAGGAGUACCUGGUCGCCAUGAAGGAGGAUCUGGCAGAGUGGCUGAACGGGCUCUAUGACCUGGAUGUGACCCCAGAGAGGUUCAUGGAGUCCCUCGACACGGGCACCGUCCUCUGCAAUCACGCCAACCGAGUACGGAUCAUAGCGGAGCAAUUCGAGGCGGAUCAUGUGAUCCGGCACGGUCGCCGCUUCUCUCCCGGGUUCCGCGUGCCCGUCUGGGAGGUACACUUCAACCGUCAGGCUCGUGCCGGCUCCUUCUUCGCGCGCGACAACAUCCACAACUUCAUCCGCUGGUGCAACGAGCUGGGCGUCCUCGACUGCCUCAUGUUCGAGACCGAGGAUCUGGUCUCGCGCAAGAACGAAAAGCACGUGAUAUUGUGUCUGCUGGAGAUCGCCCGGCGCGGAGCCAAGUUCGGCAUGGCGGCGCCGAUUCUGGUGCAGUUCGAGCAGCAGAUUGACCGCGAGAUCGCCCGAGACGAGGAGGGUGGCGGGGACGCCGUCGGCGAGCACGAGCCGCCGGCCAUCAUGGUGUACGGCCCCAGCCGACAGGUGGUCACCAACGACCUCAAGAGCCUCGACGAAAUGGUGCGUGACCUGCUCGAGCGGUGCACGUGUCCCAGCCAGUUCCCCAUGAUCAGAGUGUCGGAGGGCCGCUACCGCAUCGGAGACACCAAGACCACCAUCUUCGUCAGGGUGCUGCGUAACCACGUGAUGGUGCGAGUCGGUGGCGGCUGGGACACACUACAGCACUACUUGGACAAACACGACCCCUGCCGGUGCAAGGCUGAACAUCGCAAAACCACGUCGUCCAAGCUGUACAUGAAGAAUUCGCCGACUGUGGACGGCGACCGCAAACUCUCCGGGGUCACAUACGAGCGCGGCGGCGGCGGCGGCGGCGGUGAGCUGGAGACACCCCCGCCGCGAGUCGGUCGCUCGCGCUCUCCGGGCGGCAAGCGUCGCUCGCUGCAGCCGGGCGAGUGCCGCGCUCACGAGGAGGAAGAGUCGGGCUCGGAGCUCUCCGACGAGGGGUACCGCUCGCCGGGACUGGGCAAGACGGCCGCCGGCGCCACAGAACCAGGGCCGCCGGCCUGGACACCCUCUCCCUCCGACUAUGUGGUGGAGCUCAACUCCCCGGCCAGCGGGGACAAACAGCGCGGCCGGCGCUCCUCCUCCACCCCCGCCGGCCGACCGGCCAGCGCCGGCACCUCGCCCGCCGCCGCCGGCGCCAAGACGCCCAAAACGCGCCACCCGCUCAUCGCCUCGGCCCUGCGCGGCCUCAAGAACCUGCGGCCCAACUCCAGCACAGCUGCCAAGCCGUCGGCUGGCGCUCAGAGCCCGCAGCUGCUGGCGCCGCCGGAGCCGGCCGGUCGGAGGAUGUCGUCCGACUCCGGGCGACACUCGGUGCGCGCCAGCCGAUCCAGCCAGGCCCGGACGCCGCGCGGCGGCGCGCACGGCACCUGGGCGGGCGGCCAGCGGCGCGACCGGCCCGCCCUCUCGGCCGACACGUUCCGCCGGCAGCCGGCCGGUCCGGCGGCGGCCGUGGCGGCCGGCCGCACCGCGUCGGCCUCGCCGGGGCCGCGGCGCCGCUCCGCCGGCAGACUGCCGCCCAAAGGAGGCAUCCUCGACAAGCUGAUGGACACGCCCGACCUGGACGACGACGCCAAGGUGCUGCAGCGCAUGGAGGAGCUGCUGCGCCAGUACCGGCCGCAGCUGGAGCUGCCGCCGCUCGGCGCCGGGGCCUCAGAGGACGGCGGGCCCGUCUCACCGCGGGUCACGCCGCGUAAGGAGGGCGACGGGCCGGCCAAGACCCGGAUCCCGGCGCCGACCUUCUUCCAGCCGCGGUCGCCGACCGAGCCGCUGCCGUGAGCGGUGUGACCUCACCGUGCGCCGUCCCAGGGACAAGAGAGGGAACAGGACAGGGGCGUGUCGGGCCCUGGCGUGUGAUGGGUCAUAUGGGACAGACGCCCCUCCCUCACAGGCGACGAGUCGCUGCCGUAUGCCAAACAGGCGGCUCAGAAUACCUGCUCUGAUUUUAGCUAGCGCAGCUCUCACGAGCCUGUGAAUCCAAGUCAGUGAUUCACUGUGACGAUGGUGCAGACUGCUGACGAUACGGGAAGGCGAGUGAGCUGCUUCAGCGCGAGAAAGGCAAACCCAUCGUGAUUAGUUGCUAGUCGCGCCUUCCCCAGACGAGUGUGUGGUGACGUCGGUGCUUUCUGCUUGCGCUGACACAGCUAACUGACGGGCAGCAGCGCCAGCGGUCUUAUAAUUCAAACACACCCAGAAUACGGUGUUUUAGUUGCCAAAAUAUUAACCAUACGUGUGCGAUGACCAAGUGUUGAUGUGGUACAUUAUGAGCGUUUCGAUACGAAGACUUGCGUCGUUCGGUCGUGAGUUAUUUAUUUAUGUCGUGUGUUGCGGUAAGACAUUCCGUUCAGUGGAGGGACGAACGGCGAGCACAGCGCCCCCUGUCCUCUGCAGUCGAUAUCGGCGUCCGACAGAGCCAUCCGGCGUCGAAAAACGGCGGCUGUGUUCUGUGGAAGGUGGGCUCAUAAUUGACUGUAUCUCUGAGCUGAGCGAAUGUGGACUGUACUGAGUACUCCUACUCGAGGCUGUCGCAGAGGGAUAAGUGUGGUAACCCGUGCGGUAGGCUACUGAGGUGGGUCACGCGGUGACCAAUACGAGCGGCGAACAGCGUCGGGAAUACUAAGUGCACGGGUGGGAUGGGUCGCACUGAGGGAGGUGACCUCCCGAGCCGCCACUGGUCUCCUGUGAGGACCGAAUGCGAGUGGCGAUACGAAGUGACAGUUCACAUGUCGACUGUCGUACAUUUCCUGCCGGGAAUGUACUGAGAGUGAGCUGAGACAGACGCCGAGCCCGGCGGAGUGCGAGGGUGGACCAUCCACCCAGAGAGCAGAGCCAUGGUGGUCGGCACGGCGGACCAGGAGGUGAAGAACUAACCCAGUCAGGACCGGGUCGAGCGGCUGCGUCCCCGGCGGUGUGUGGUGUCAUUGGUGAACACGGGCGCAGCGUCAUGGCACAGACCCGCGCUGCAGCUUGUGAGAAAGCAGAUGUGCAUCGGAUUUAAUAAAUACUUUUGAUAGAAUGGA